CCUUUUGUUUUCCGCUUCUUCUGUUUUCUUUCUUUCUUCUCAAGUUUUCUUACUUCCUACGAAACAAACCAGAGAUGGGAGUAGACAGCAAAGGUGAUUACAAGCCAACCACUUGGGCCGGCAUCAAGAACGCUACUUUGCCCGUUGAAGGUGCCGGUAACCAAACUUUUGAUAACCGUAUCUUUAUUGGCGCCAUCGUGGGUAUCCCUGCUUUGAUAAGCUACGCGUUGGGUUUGCCCUGGUGGUGUUUCCUCCUCCUCACAGUGGUGCUGCUGUUGCCCAUUUUGGCCACCACGCUUUAUCUGUUCUCUCGUUUUGCUCCCCGUUAUCGUAACUUCAUUUCUCUUCCUGGCAAGCCCAUCGAAGAAUAUAUCACUAUCCAUGAUGCUGAACUCAAGGCUAAAUACCACGGACGUAACAAGAUUCCCAUGGAAACCUUUUUCGAGUCUUACUUUGUUGGCAAGAUUGACUUCAAUGGCGAUCCUCUUGAAAUCAUGGAACUUCGCCACGACUGGGCUGCUUUUGAAUUCACUUUGGGUCAAUACAAGUUCUUUUUGACAGAAUGGCUUCCCGAGACUUUCUGGCAUUCACGUGAUCAAGACGAGAACCAAGUUCGCGACCACUACGACCGCGGUGAUGACUUUUAUGAAGCUUUCUUGGGUCCUUUGAUGGUGUACACUUCCGGUAUGAUUUCUGACCCUACCAAGCGCGAAAGUCUCGAAGAACUCCAGGAAAACAAGAUGAAAUUGAUCUGUGAAAAGGUGCACUUGAAGGAAGGUGAAAAGCACUUGGAUAUCGGUUGCGGCUGGGGUACCCUUGCCGCUUACGCUGCUAAAAAUUACGGAAGCGAUUCCACCGGUGUCACCAUUGCUCGCAAACAGGCUGAAUUCGGCAACAAACGUAUUGAAGACUGGGGUGUCAAAGAUAAGGCUCGUGUUUUGUGCAAGGAUUACCGCGAUAUCCCUGAUGACCAAAAAUAUGACAAGAUUACCUGUGUUGAAAUGGCCGAACAUGUCGGUAUCAAGCGUUUCGGUCAGUUCCUUACUGAAGUGCGUGAUCGUUUGGAAGAUGAUGGUUUGUUCUACAUGCAAGUGGCUGGUUUGAGAGCCACCUGGCAGUACGAAGAUUUCAUCUGGGGUCUUUUCAUGGGUCGCUAUAUCUUCCGUGGUGCUGAUGCCUCUACCCCUCUUUACUGGUACCUCAAGCAAUUGGAAUGUGCUGGAUUUGAAAUUCACAAUGUCGAUACCGUGGGUGUCCAUUACUCGGCCACUCUUGAAAGAUGGUACUUGAACUGGAUGCAAAACCGCGACAAGAUGCGCGAGAAGUACGGUGAAAAAUUGGUCCGUAUCUGGGAUGUGUUCCUUUCCUGGUCUACCAUCAUUUCUCGUCAAGGCAGUGCCACUUGUUUCCAGAUUGUGGCCAACAAGAACCGCAACUCCUUUGACCGCGCCAAAUUGAUCUGCAAACGCACCGAUCCUGCCACCUAUAGCACCAAGCGCGCCUAAAAAAUGAUGAACCUCUCAAGUGGUGAUUCUUUUAUUACUUUUCUUUCUGCUUUUUGAUUGUUUGAUACUGAAAAAAAAAUUACUGCGCAUAAUAAAUGUGUCUUGUCUAUAUAAUACUACUUGCAAAGUUCUUUGUUGCAUUGAUAGUGAAAUAUAAUAUUGUUUUGCUCUCUUGACUUUAUGUUGGUCGGUGGUUGUGUGGAAUAACGUCUUUAGCCGGACCCACGGCAGCUAGUGCCCGUCUUGCUCCGGAUUAAAUGCUAAUAGAAUGGACUACUGUAGUAUCUUCGGCAGUGAGCACAAACAUAGGC